AUGUCAAAGAAGAAGAGAUAUUCACUAAAUGGGGCCUCGCCUGUUGUCCCUAUCGUUGCCAGUUUUGAAUCUGACUCAAACAUUAGUUCAGAUGUAGAGGAUAAAAGAGCUUCAGUCACAAGCACCUUUUUAGAUAGACAUGGCGAGUUGAGUCGAAAGGAUUCUUUUCUAAGAUCAAAUCAAACGGGAAAACAUUCAUCUUUUUACAGAAUUUCAUCUUCAGAUUUAUCGGCAACUAAUUUAUCAUUCGAUUCAUUAGAGGUUGCAACAACAGCAAAUGUUAAAAUAAUCUUGAUAGGUGAUGCUGGUGUGGGAAAGACAGGGAUGGUUCUAAGUUUUUAUAAUGAAUUACCAACAAAAGGCCAGUUUAAAUUAAUGAGAGAAGUAUCAGGUUCUGCAAAGGAAAAUUUUCAAUUUGAUAAAAUGAAACUACCGAAAAGAAGCAUCAAUGCUAAUAUUAAAAGACUUAAGAAGAAACCAUCGUUGACCUCUGUCAAAAAAAGAUAUAGUCUAAAUGAUUAUGAAGAACUUUUCAACAAGAAAUCUCCGACAUCAGAGGAUUUCGAUCUUUCCCUAAAUUCAAAUUCAGGUUCUAAAUUGAAAGAUGAAUUCCACCGUGAUGACGUUGAAAGUGAAAAUGAAGACGAAUUAGUGAUAGAUACUUCAUCAACUAUUGGUAUUGACAUUAAAACCACUACAGUAAAUGUAGAUAACAGAUUUUUCAAGUGUAUCACCUGGGAUACUGCUGGCCAAGAAAGGUAUAAAAAUGUUAUGAUUCCUACACUAUAUAAAGGAUCAAACGGUGUGUUCUUAAUUUAUGAUAUCUGUGAUAUUGAAAGUUUUAGAAGUUGCUGUGAUCAUUGGUUGCAAGAAGCGAUCGAUAAUAUGAGCAAAGAAGACUUGUCAAAAGCUAGAUUUUACUUAAUUGGUAACAAGAUUGAUCUCUACAAAAAGAGACAGGUUAGACAUGAAGAUGUGUUGGAAAAAAUGAGUGAAAUUGAAUUCAAAUUCGAAGUUAAGAUUGCUGGCAAUUUUGAAGUUACAUGCAAAUGGCCAAAUGUAGUUGAGAGGACUUUUAAUAUCGCUAUUAAAGAUUUGAUUGAGCAUGGUUGUUAUGAUGAUACAGAAUACAAAAAUACUGGCAGUAAUAUUGAAAAGUUGCCAAAUAAACAAAGUGGUGACGAUGAUGAAAACAGACUUGUGGAUAGCAGCAUUCUAGAAACAAACGCUGAUACAUCGAAAAUACUGAAAGAUUUAAAUGACCUUGACUCGGAUGACAACCCUGCAGAAGAAAGAGAAUCAGAAGGUGAAUUUUCGAAUAAUAGAAUAAGGAAAAGUCCACCGAUUAGUACUAAAAGCAAAAUUAUAUCGCAGUCUCUGGAAUAUAAUGACAUGGUUUCGGAUUCAGAAUCAGAUAAUGAACAUACCAUACGAAAUCGGCUUGUAGAAAAUCCAAAUAAGAACAUUGAAAAAAAUGAUGAAGGCAAAGAUAUCGAUGAAGCACUUGAAAGAUUAUUUCCAAAGAAAUCAAGCAAUGUCGAUAUAACGAAACCUUUAGGGAAGAAUUCAGAGACUCCGAAUGGUUCAUUCUAUUCUUCCUGCUGUGCAUAA